ACACCGAGUUGUGAGCUCGUUAGUAUAAAAGCGCCAACUACAAUCCCUUGCGAAGUCGAUUUUGGGGUUUUAGGGUUUUUGCAGUACGCACUCUUUCACUUUCUCCUGUAACUCUUCCAAUUUACAAACCAAAGCCAUGACUGCUCAGACCCAGGAAGAGCUCCUCGCUGCCCAUCUCGAACAGCAAGCCAUCGAUCCUGAUCAGCCAACAGUUGAAGAGGAAGAUGACGAGGAUGACGACGACGAAGAUGACGAUGAUGACAAGGACGAUGAUGAAGCCGAGGGACAACAAGAUGGAGAGGCAAGUGGGAGGUCAAAGCAAAGCAGAAGUGAAAAGAAAAGCCGCAAAGCAAUGUUGAAGCUUGGAAUGAAGCCCAUUCUGGGUGUUAGCCGGGUUACAGUCAAAAAGAGCAAGAAUAUCUUGUUUGUGAUAUCCAAACCGGAUGUUUUCAAGAGUCCAACUUCAGACACAUAUGUUAUCUUUGGUGAAGCAAAGAUUGAGGACUUGAGCUCGCAACUACAGACUCAGGCUGCUGAGCAGUUUAAGGCUCCUGAUCUCAGUCAUGUGAUCUCCAAACCUGAGACCUCGACCCUUGCUCAGGAUGAUGAAGAUGUAGAUGAGACUGGAGUGGAGCCCAAGGACAUUGAGUUGGUGAUGACACAGGCAGGAGUAUCGAGAUCAAAGGCUGUAAAGGCACUGAAGGCUGCAGAUGGAGACAUAGUUUCUGCAAUUAUGGAGCUUACCAACUGAGUUUUAGAUAUGUUUUCUCAUUCGAUGGUUUUGUUUUUCGUUUUUUUUUUAUGGUUUGUCCAGAUCUUUUGUGCUUGAAGUUGGUCUGGAUUAUUUCCAAUUUAGUUAUGUGUUUCUCAACAUUGUUGUAUCAGUGACAAACUGAGAAUUGCAUAAAACUGAGCCAUGCCCAUUUGAAGUUUAGUAGCUGUACUUUUUGCUGAUU